AACGAUUAAAAAUAGCUGUACAGAGUAAUCGAGCUCGUUUGAAUAUGGCGCCGUUACAAAUGUUUCACAAGAAAAAAAAUAUGGCGAAAAUCCCCAGACCGGUCUUUUCUAUUAAGAUGCGCAUAAAACACAAGAAUACUGUUUCAUAAGAAAAUAAUUCGAUCAAAAGCGAUCGGAUAGAUCACGAUUUCAAUUAUAAAACAUAAAAAGGAUACGAAAUACACCAGGAGAAAAAGUACUGAACCGGUAUCGAUUAAAGCUAGUACAAACAAUAACGGCUCGGAUAUUAGAACCAUUCUGCCGAACAAUCAGUAUGAGUGAAAGUUCAACCGCAUUAGGAUGAUAUCUGAUGAUUCAUAAAUAUUUUCCUUGUGUAUCAGCGCACUCCAAAUGCUUUACACGUGAAAAUCUUGGUAAACCUAAAAGAAAACUGAAUACGACUGAUUAUCAAAAUCAACAAAAUGAACAACUCAUGAAGCUAUCAACCAUUGAACUUGGUUUAUGAAGUUGGACUAUCUUGACGACACAGUGGUGAUAACCUAAUCUUCUCAUAGCAAAUAUCCCUAGUUACCAGUGAUGUCAUUCAAACAGAAAAACUCAAUGGCUGCGUGUAUGUGAUACAUAUGUAAACAUACAAUGUAUGUCGCACGAUCGGAAAGAUCGCGACGUUGUUAAAGCAUGAAAUUUCCAUAAUCGUAACGAAUACCGAUGAGAUGUUUACCUAGCACAUAAAGCCUAGUGUUUUAUAUACAGAUAUAAAUAAAUUCCAUAUGUAUAUAUAAUUCUUUCCAGAAUUGAUACAGAACAAGAGGUAAAGGUAUACAAAUGUCUGUAAAUAAAAAAAUGUUUCGAGACACUCCAAAGAUUGUUAUUGAAGACGGAUCUUCUCCAUCUGCUUCUUACGUUAUGUAUGUCAGGAUGGAGGAUCUUCUAGAAAAGCUCAAGUUGUUGAAUUAUGAUGCAGAGUUUUUACCAGAAUUUAAAAUAAAAGCCAUAAAUAGGAAUUAUUUUGUAACACAGACAAACCCAGGAGAACAGUUUUAUACGUUUACCUCAUUGGCUGCUUGGUUGAUUCGAAAGGCUGGUAAAAACUUUGAAUCCCCACAAGAAUCUGAUGAUCCUAACUCUACCAUCGCAUUAAUAUUGGAUUAUUUAAGGGAGAUUAAUAUAUCAAUAGAAUUCCCACCUAAUAAGCUCAAGCAGGGCAGUGGAGAUCAUGCUAUCUAUGUUUUGGAUAACUUGGCUGAUGAGGCACUGAAAAUGCUAAAAUUUCAGUGGAGAAAGGUAGAAAUACCACCCGACGAACCAAACAAUGAACCAGAAAUAGAGGAUGAUGAUGCAGAGUUGAUACUAGAGAAGGUGGAAGAGGAAAUGAUGGCUGAGUAUGAAGAUGAAGAGGAAGAUAUACUACAUGUUGAUGAUAUUACAAAACUUUAUGGGCAAAACUUUAACGACUUUCAGAAACCAGAUGAUAUCUUGCUAUCCAAGACUAACAGAGAAGAGUGGCAAUUGGAACUGGAAAGGGUUCUGCCCCAGCUAAAAGUAACUGUUAAAACAGACUCAAGAGACUGGCGGUCUCACAUAGAUCAGAUGCAGCAGCUUCGUAUAAACAUAAGUACUAAUCUCACAGGAACAAGGAGUCAAUUAGACAAAUUGCACAGUGAAUUGUCCAACACAUUGGACAAGAUAAAAACGAGAGAAUCAUACUUGAAUAGGCAGCUAGAACCAAUUUUAAAAGAAUAUCAGACUCUGCAGGAGGAGUUAUCCAAGAUCAAAGAACAGUAUCGCGAUGUUAGCGAUGGUGUAACCGAAAGAACAAGGAUAUUCAACAAAUUGUCAGAAGAGCUGGAACAUGUGAAGAAAGAGAUGGACGAGAGAGGAUCUAGUAUGACUGAUGGAACUCCGCUGAUAAACAUAAAAAAAACAAUCACUAAGAUGAAGAACGAAAUCUCUGAGAUGAAUGUGCGAAUAGGCGUAUUGGAGUACAGUCUGAUGUGCGCGAGGAUACGAGAUCGCUCGCAGUUACAGGAAGAUAUGAAUAUCACGAACGGAAUCGCGAUAACUUGAACAUUUCUAAUUACCGAUCACACAAUAGAACCGAUCGAUCAUCGCUGAAAAUAUUUGUUUGUAUCACGAGGAAUUUCCUUUUUUAUCACUUUUGCGUAUGUUUCAGGCACAGUCCGUGUUUACUACGACUAACAAUAAUUGUUAAUAAGGGUCCAAUUAAACGUUUACCACUUGCAUCGUGUUCGCAGGACGUUAACGUACGCACUAACGCGAGCAUUUAAUUUGCAGAAAGUGUUCGAAUAUCUGAUAUAUUUUUCACGAAACGAAUAAAAAUUUCCAUUUACCGGGAAA